CGCCGCUCCUCUCUGUGCCGUGCUGUGCUGUGUUGUUCCCUACUUCCUCCCUCGCCGAGGCAGUAGGCACUGGCAAAGGACAGCGACACACUCCCCGCCAUCCGCUCCACCUUCUGCUCCGUCGCGUGAGUACUUGAGCGCGGCAGAGCAUACCAGAGCAGGCACAGGGAGGGCGCGCACGCGACGACGCAGGGAGGCAGUUACGCUGCUCUUCGUGUCCAAUUUAAUGCGUUGCUGAAAACGGAGCAGUUUCCCUCCAAUGGCCUGAGCUCCUGAUGCCAUUCAAUGCCCCCCGCCUAUCCCUCCUCUCAAUCUUCUUCACCUCCUCGGAAACACACGCUGCUCUAGCCGUGUAUCGGAAGAUGAAUUAUCUCCGGAACCGGAGCCUGAAGCGGCUCAUGUCCAUGGGCCGCCGGAGCAACCCCGACGACGACUGCGGCGUCGUCCUCGCCGACGCCGCCGACUCGCCUCCCCCGCCGCCGCCGGCGACGACCCCGGGCGUGUGCUCCGGGCGCUGGAUGGAGCAGCGGACGCUGAGCUACCUCGGGAGCCGGAGCGUGAGGCGGCUCCUCUCGCUCGGCCGCCGGAGCAGCGCCGACGACGACUGCGUCGUCGGCGUCGUCGACGCCGACCCGUUCACGCCGCCGCCGACCAAGCCCACGUGGCGGUGCUUCUCCUACGAGGAGGUGGACCGCGCCACCAAUGGCUUCCACCCAGACAACGUGGUGGGCCGGGGCGGGUACGGCGAGGUGUACUGCGGGAUCCUCGACGACGGCCGCGCCGUGGCCGUCAAGCGGCUGGCGGCGUCGGCGGCCGUGGCGGCGGACGAGAAGAAGGAGAAGGACUUCCUCACGGAGCUCGGCACGGUGGGCCACGUGCGGCACCCCAACGUGUCGUCGCUCCUCGGAUGCUGCGUCGACCGCGGCCUCCACCUCGUCUUCGAGUUCUCCACGCGCGGCUCCGUCUCCGCCAAUCUCCACGACGAGAAGCGGCCGGCGAUGAGUUGGCGGCAGCGGCACGGCGUGGCGGUGGGCACGGCGAGGGGGCUCCGGUACCUCCACAAGGGAUGCGCGAGGAGGAUCAUCCACCGGGACAUCAAGGCAUCCAACAUCCUACUCGACGCAGACUACGAGCCACAGAUUUCCGACUUCGGGCUCGCCCGGUGGCUGCCGUCGGAGUGGACGCACCAUGCCAUCGCGCCCAUCGAGGGCACCUUCGGGUGCCUGGCGCCGGAGUACUUCACGCACGGCAUCGUGGACGAGAAGACGGACGUCUUCGCCUUCGGCGUCUUCCUCCUCGAGCUCAUCUCCGGCAGGAAGCCCGUCGACGGAUCGCACAUGAGCCUGCUCGCAUGGGCCAAGCCUUACCUGAACGACGGCGUGGUGCAAGGCCUUGUGGACCCGCGCCUCGGCGACGGCUACGACGCCGCCCAGCUGAGGCGGCUCAUGUUCGUCGCCUCGCUAUGCGCCAGGCCCGCCGCUGCCUGGCGGCCUACCAUGACAGAGGUGCUGGAGCUGCUGGAGUCGGGCGAGAUAUCGCAGGAACGAUGGCAGAUGCCCGAGGAGGCGGUGGAGGACGAGUUCUGGGAUUUCGACGAUCUCACCGACUUCGAGGACGACGACGAUGACUACGACGGUGAAUCUGAUUCCCCCUCGAUACCCUCGUCAGCGUGCAGCAUCCACGCCAAUGAUUAGGCCCCCCGAAAUCGUUUUGCAGCUGUCAGUAGAUCAAGUGUCCAUUUGUUUUUUUCUUUUUUGCCUUAGUCUCUUAGAGGUGAUAUGGUCCUUGAGAUUAUGUUAGUGUACAUAAACAAGAAACAACUAGCAGCAACAAGUUAAGAGUAGGGAUUCGAUCAGGCCCGUGGCUUCCAUUAUUUCCCGUGCCUCCAUCUGCACGCAAUGCAAGAUCAGGAUCUCCCUCCGUAAA